GUGAGAAACUUUGUACAGAAAAUUCGUUUCUGGUGAAAGAUCGUUAUAAUGGAUGUUUCUGACGAAAUUAGCAUCGUUCAUGAAAUUUUACCGAUUAAAAGGAAGGUUUACAUUCGCAACUCGCGUCCUAAAAAGAAAAAAAUACUGCCCCCUAAAAAAAUGUGGGUGAGUCCUCUGCUGAGUGAGAGAUUAACCUUAGGAUUUUUUCAUUGUAAACAUGCAAAACUUCGUGAUGAUCCUGUGAAAUUUAUGGAAUUUUAUCACAUGUCUCCUGCAACGUUUGACGAACUUUGCGAUGCAUUGCGUCCCCAUUUCAAUUUUGAAGCAACAAUGAUGAGGAAACCAAUACCGUUUGAAGAACGGAUAGCUACAACUAUGAGAUUUCUUGCUUCAGGGUGUACUUAUACGGACCUGAUGUUUGAAUUCAGAAUAGGAACAUCGACUAUCUCUCAAUUAGUGAAAGAUGUUUGCACCAAAAUUUGUCAUCAUCUGAAGGAGAUGGUCAUGACCGACCCAAACUCGGAAAAGUGGAAGGCAAUAGCCGACGAUUUUUAUAAACGAAGUGACUUCCCUAACUGUGUCGGAGCUAUAGAUGCUAAGCAACUAAAAGUUAUUUAUCAUACAGGAAGGCGCAGAAAUGGUGAAGCAAAACGCUUUUCUGUUUCUACAUUCGUGCUUCUAGCCAUUUGUGAUUCCAAUUAUCUCUUCACAGAUGUUGAUGUGAUACAGUACGAUCAAACUGAUCCAAAAGACCCCAUUGAAGAUCCUGGCCUCUUUGGAGACUCAAAUAUUGGCAAAAAACUAUACAAUAGCGAAAUGAACUUGCCCAAUCUCUGUCCUCUUCCAAAGACUGAAAGACCCAACAUGCCAUUCGUGUUGGUGGCUGGUAAAGCAUUUGGACUUGCAAGAAAUGUAAUGCGUCCAUAUGCAUCAAAGAGCAAUGACACAGAAUUAAAAGUUUUCAACUGUCGUCUCUCGAAAGCCAGAAGGUUUAUUGAGUGCACAUUUGCAAUUUUUUCUAAAAAGUGGGGUGUUUUUCACAAGCCGAUGACUACAUCCCCCGAGACAGCCGACAAAAUCUUUCGAGCUUGCGUCCUGCUGCAUAAUUUUAUACUGCUUCGAGACGGCUAUUGCUUUGAAGAUACAUUGCAAAUCCAUGGUUUUUGCGAUGUUGCAACAGUAAUACAUGUCAAGGAAAUGGGCCUAUAA